AUGAUGUGGCUCAAAACAAACAGUAUUGUGGCCAUAUGUCUCAUCAUCGGCCUGAAUGCUAAAGAAGUAAAUGCUAAUAUAGAGAAACAUAUGAGAGCUGGACAAUUAAACACCAAAGAUCUGAAAACGAUACGCAUUGUAAAGCAAAUAAGUGCUGAACGAAUGCGUGAUCAGUAUCGCCGAAACUCUGGGAGCAUAUUGGACGAGCAAUUGAAAUGGCUUGAUACCAGUGAAAUGUACAAUAUGGGUCGUAUUGCAAUGUUAUUGAAAGAGAAAAAUAUUUUUGAUGAAACACUGAUUCCUGCACCGUCGAAGAAAGCCAGUACAAGUCGACUUUGUGGUACCAAAUUAGUGGAAGCAAUCAUCAAAUUGUGCAACGGUUGUGUAAAACCUGUUGGCGGUAAAGCCGUUAGCGCUAAACGAUCAUUAACGACAUUAAUGAAACGUGGACAAACAUUGACUGAGAAAUGUUGCAUAAAUCGAUGCUCAUUUGACGAGAUGAAAUCAUUUUGUUGCGAUUGA